GUUUCUCCAAUUGCCACCUCUGAUAAAAAAUAUUUGAAGAUAGGCAAAAAUGAGUAGAAACAGAAUUCACCGGCCCCCAUCUCCCCCGCUCCCCUGAGCGCGGAGGCGUCGGGAGCGGGCAGGGAGGGGAGGACAGAUCUGAGCAGGCGGCGCGGAGGCAGGUGUCUGUGACGUCUGCCGCUAGCCGGGCGUACAAGCCUUAUCCCUGACGACCGCGCGGCUUCCCGGCGGCAGGCAGCCACCCGCGGGGCCGGCGGCGAGGAUGGCGAGGCUGGUGUUCAGGAGACCCUUCUGUCAUCUGUCUACCUACCGCCUGAUUUGGGGCAUGGCAGCAGUGGUGCUGUGCUCAGCACAAGUGGAAGUGGUGACCCAGGAUGAAAGAGAGAGGCUGUACACACCUGCUUCCUUAAGAUGUUCUCUGCAAAAUUCCCAGGAUGUCUUGGUUGUGACAUGGCAGAAAAAGAAGGCUGUAAGCCCAGAAAACCUGGCCACCUUCAGUGAGCUCCAUGGCGUUGUAGUCCAGCCUGCCUAUAAGGACAAGAUGAACAUCACCGAGCUGGGACUCCAAAACUCAACUAUCACCUUCUGGAAUACCACCCUGGAGGAUGAAGGGUGUUACAUGUGUCUCUACAAUAUCUUUGGUUCCGAGAAGAUCUCAGGAACAGCCUGCCUCACCAUCUAUGUGCAGCCCACAGUAUUCCUUCACUACAAAUACUCUGAAGACCACCUAAAUAUCACUUGCUCUGCCACUGCCCGCCCAGCCCCCAUGAUCUCCUGGAAGGUCCGUGGAUCGGGGAUUGAAAAUAGUACUGAGAUUGUCUCUAACCCAAAUGGGACCACAUCUGUUACCAGCAUCCUCCAGGUCAAAGACCCCAAGAAACAGGUGGGGAAGGAGGUGAUCUGCCAGGUGCUGCACCUGGGAACGGUGACCUCCUUCAGACAAAGUGUGAGCAAAGGCUAUUGGUUUUCAGUUCCGCUAUUGCUAAGCAUUGUUUCCCUGGUAAUUCUUCUGGUCUUAAUCUCAAUCUUAUUAUACUGGAAACGUCACCGGAAUCAGGACCGAGCCUAGAUGAGUCACACAGAACCCUGAAAGUUAUUUCCUGGUCUACUUGAAUCUGACGCAAGAGGAAAGCAAGAGGAAAACUGGCCAUUCACUAAAGGACCUGAAGGAGCAAGAUAGGUGGGAGCGAAAGGAUCCCACGACUUUCCACUGCCAUCCAAGCUACUCCAUAUUUGAGUUCCAGGAGGAAGUCAUUGUACCUCACAGGUCUGUUGUAGGACUUGAUUUUGUAAAGCAGUGCAGUGUUGUGCUGUUGAAAGGGCACUGGACUUAGAUUCAGGAGCACUAAGCUGACAGGCUGACUUGGGCUCCUACUGGUGGGGACCCUCUGUUAGUCACUUUACCUCAAUGAGCUUCCACGUCCUCAUCUGAAGUAUAAAGGAGUUGGACCAGAUAAUUUGCCCUUCUGCUGUAAAAACUGAUGUAAUUCCAGGAAAAAAAAAAGGAAUAAACAAAGGGGGAAGAAGUGAAAAAAAGAGAAUACGGAAAGGUCCAAAGAACUUUUCAGAGACUACCUUUUGCCCUUCUGUCAAUGUUACAUCUCUUCUUCCCUUGUUCUUAGGUCCAUGAGUCUGUUUUUCCCAUCUGGUAUCUAGUCCACUACCUGCUUACUGUUUUGCUAAUAGCUGGCCUUGUUAGAAUCCUUGGUUUCACUGCUAAUUCUUCAUGUGCUUCUGUGAGGUUUACCACAACACAAACAGAACUGAAUUUAUUGUGAAAUAACAUUGGCAACCUUAACUUAUCCAUUUAACAUCUAUUUUUAUAGCAGGAUAAAUAUCGUUAGUCUUAGGCAAUAGAUGGCAUUUUUUUUAAAAAAAAGCAUGUUUUCCCCGUCCAUUUAUCUUAUAAUAUGAUCCAACCCUAUUUUAGAUCAUUCUGAAUUCAGCCUAGUAUGAUGAAAAUAUAUUAUAAAAACAGUUAUUUAGGAGAUUUCCUGUAUAGCAGUCAGCCAAUUUAUAUGCUUUGUCUCUGUUGGUUUCUUUUUCCAUGAGCUGACUUUUCACAAUAGCAGAGGACGUAAGUGUGAGCAUAUAGUCCCUUUAUUUUAAGGAUAUUGUCCAACUAGUGGAACUAUGUUGCAUCUUAAAUAACCAUGAGACCAAAUUAGUUGCUUUUCCAGUAUCUUUUGCUUCGUCAGUCUCUAUUCAGUGACCUAGGAAUUAAAAUGUAAAUUGUUUUCACUGUUGAAGUGGAUAUUUAUAUAUUUAGUAAGAUUUCAUGUGUUAUUUAAUUCUGUAUUAUUUCUUAUAUUUGUAGUAAAAUGCUGAACAAUUAAAAGUGUCAAA